AUGCCGAAGCAGCAGUUCGAGAUCCUUGACUACGCGGCUCCGUUGUUCGUUGGCGCUGCCUUUGCCCUAAUCGUCUUCCUGCUCACCUUUGUCAUUAACUUUGCUUUCAUCCGAAGAACCGACGAAGUGACUGCUUUCGAGAAGGUGAUUCCAAUGUUCAGACAUCGCCUCAAAGACCGUUUCAGCUGGGGGCCAAGUAUAACCUCCGCGUGGGUCCGCAUCGCGUGUCUCUCGUCAAGUCUGCGAUGGAAAAGCAUGUGGAUGAGGAUGGACACGUCUACUGA